AUGUUCCUUAAUGUCAGCAUGCAGGGCAUUCCGCUUCUGCUGAAUCUACGUCUUCCCCCAGCUCCACUGCCCCAUCGUGAUAGAUCGGCAUACAAGAAGGUAUGGUUUUGGACAGAAAAGGAGUACAAGGACUGGAAGGCCACUGCAGAGGGACAAGCCAUAAUGUCUAAAUCACAGACAGCAUACCUAGAAGAUGAGGAUGGCAAGCAGCUACCCAAGAAGUGUGUCAGCAAAAUUCUCUCGACAAUGUGCGAGAUCUGGCAUGACCUCCACUGCCAAGGCCAGAUUGAUGCCAACACAACGUGGAAAUCAAUGCCAUUAUCCAUCAAGAAGAUAUUUCAUACUGAAAUUGCUGGUGCACAUGACGAGCUUGCCCUUUGUGAAGACUCGUGGAAAGCUGAUAACCUAGCCAAGCAGUACUAUGCAUUGUACAAACAGACUUGGUUCACAAAUAAGGACAAGAAGUCUAUUCCCAGCAAGUGCAAAGCAGAUGCGAAGUUGGAGACAACUGAUGUUGACAACAAGCAUACCAAAGUCGACACAGAUUUUUUGGAGGCAUCUACCAGUACUUCAAACCCCAAGUCAAACCAUAGUGGCUUUUUUGAGCUGAAAGUGCCAGCUACUGCCAACAUCCCCAACAUGGCGCCUGUUCAAUCUCCCCCACAGACUUCCCCAGCCAAGCAUGUUGGCUCAUCCAUAUCUCAAACGGUUGCUCCAGUGGUCACUCCAACGAGUGCUGGCUUGUCCGUAUCUAUCACUCCAACAGUCACUCCAAUGAGUGAAUCGGUUUGCCCCCCUCCACAGACUUCCCCUGCAGAGGCCAGUGGCACUGCUGAUGUCACUACCACCAUAACCAUUCUGCCCCCUUCACAGCCUUCAUCCACAGUUACUGGUGACCUGACAUCAACAGCUUCUGAGACACUUGGACCAAGCAAGAAGAAGGCUUGGUGCCCCAGGUCAAACAAAAGUGCAUGGAUGCUGUGUGCCCACCAGUGGCUCAAGACAGUUUCUCCAAACAGCACACAGGAGGAGUUCAAUACAUAUUACAAUCAACUUCCUACAGAGACAAAGGAGAAAUACAAAGAGGAAUACAGGAAACUUGUUGACACUGGUGUUUGGACAAAUAGCACCACAGAGACAAUUGUGAAGUUUUCUGGCAGUACCAUGUACUAG